AUCUUUCUUUAAAUAUCCACAUCUCCCUCCCUGGUCUGCGGUCUCUUUAAAUCCAGCUCCAGUGGAGGAGAGCAGCGAGUGCUCACAAAGUUGUCUGGCCGCUGUGAUUGCCCGCACUCUGCCUGAUAAACAGCUGCUUACCAUUUAGGGCACUUCACAAAACUUUUUCCUCUCCGAACUCCUCGAGAGAUUUUUUGUGUGCGCGUACGGCGCUCUUUGUCCUCUGUGGAUGUUCAGAUAUAGAAAGUCUGCACCGCUGGAAGCUCGAGUGUGGACUCUGAAGGUUUGCGUAAUGCUGAGGCGUCCGCUGCUCAACAUCUGGAUUAACUAUUUGGAGUCAGAGCUAGCGGCCCUACACAAAACUCUGCCUGUCUAGCCUAUCUUUAUGGAAAGACUGCCCUUUUCUCUGGAAUUUAACUCCUUUUGAUACACCGAGUUUUGCGCAUAGAUUAUGUAUUCUUUAAAAUGGGUGCGAACAAUGGAAAACUGUAUGGAAGCGAGGGUAAAGGGAGCUCAAGCAUCUCUUCUGACAUAAGUUCGAGCACAGAUCACACACCAACCAAAGCUCCAAAGAAUGUGGCUACCACCGAAGGUUUAGACUCCAGCACUCGGACUCUGAGCACCCCCAGCCCGGGUCUUAUCCUCCCAUCCAAGUCGUCCUCCCUCUCCUCACCGGCCCUCUCCAGUAACGGCCAUGAGACCAACUCCUCUUCUUCCUCCUCCGCCCCCGCCGAGACGGUCGCCGUGGUCCACUCCCAACCCGGCACUCACACACGCUCCCGCCAGUCGAAAAGCCACCACCACGCCCCCAUCGACCUCCUCCCCGACCACGCCCUCCUGCAGAUCUUCUCCCAUCUCCCCACCAAUCAGCUGUGCCGAUGCGCACGCGUGUGCCGCCGCUGGUACAACCUGGCGUGGGACCCGAGGCUGUGGAGCAGCGUCCGGCUAACGGGGGAGCUGCUUCAUGCUGACCGAGCCAUCAGGGUGCUGACCCACCGGCUGUGCCAGGACACCCCCAACGUGUGUCUCACCUUGGAGACGGUGGUGGUGAACGGCUGCAAAAGGCUCACCGACCGCGGGCUGCACGUGGUGGCUCAGUGCUGCCCGGAGCUGCGCCGCCUGGAGGUCGCCGGCUGUUAUAACAUCUCUAACGACGCUGUGUUUGAGGUGGUGUCCCGCUGCCCCGGCCUGGAACACCUGAACCUCUCAGGCUGCUCCAAAGUCACAUGCAUCAGCCUCACCCAGGAGGCCUCCCUCCAGCUGUCCCCUCUGCACGGCCAGCAGAUCUCCAUUCACUACCUGGACAUGACCGAUUGUUUUUCCCUCGAGGACGAGGGCUUGCGAACUAUCGCCUCCCACUGCCCUCGCCUGACUCAUCUGUAUUUGCGCCGCUGCACCAGACUGACGGAUGAAGCCUUGCGCCACCUGUCUCUCCACUGCCCCUCCAUAAGGGAGCUUAGUCUCAGUGACUGCCGCUUGGUGGGGGAUUUCGGCCUGCGUGAAGUCGCCCGCCUGGAGGGCUGCCUGCGCUACCUGAGUGUGGCCCACUGCACCCGCAUCACUGACGUGGGCAUGCGAUACGUGGCCCGCUACUGCCCCAGACUGCGCUACUUGAACGCGAGAGGUUGCGAGGGGCUGACAGACCACGGCCUGAGCCACUUGGCCAGGAGCUGCCCCAAACUCAAAUCCCUGGAUGUGGGUAAGUGCCCGCUUGUGUCGGACAGCGGGCUGGAGCAGCUGGCCAUGUACUGCCAAGGCCUGAGGCGAGUGAGUCUCAGGGCCUGUGAGAGCGUGACAGGCAGAGGACUGAAAGCUCUGGCCGCCAACUGCUGCGAGCUGCAGCUCCUCAACGUGCAGGACUGCGAGGUGUCGCCAGAGGCUCUGCGGUUUGUUAGACGCCACUGCCGGCGCUGCGUCAUCGAGCACACAAACCCUGCUUUCUACUGAGACGGGGAGUUCUUGGACUGCUCUUCUGACAAGUGGAUGUUCUAAUAUUCCUGCUCCGGAGUUGGCAGAGUUCAACGGCCGAUGUGUCAGAACUGGUUGAAAACUGGUGUGCAAUACUGGCCAGAAUCUGUCUCCUUAAAUCCGCUUGGUGGCUGAAAAUACUUCCACGGACUGUAUUUAACAUAUUUAUCUGUAAAAAGGCAGAAAAGAAGUGCAGUAUUUCAGUUUAUUACAUCCUUCAACAUCACAAUGUAACAACAUGCUACAACUCUGAGCACUGGGUACAGUUGUGUUGCCAUUUAAAAGCAUUGUAAUAUAUUUUACUUCAACAACUUACGGCCCUGAAACAUAAUCACUAUCAUACAUUACAGCAUCUAUUUAUAAACGACAAGUAUCUUCAGACUAAACCACUAAGAAUGUAGCUACGAAGCAGCGACUAAAGCAGAUCUGGUGAUUUUUAAGACAGUUUCACUUUCUUUAUGUUGCAUAUAAUAUGUUGCACUUUAUGCAAUUGUGCUGACAAUCACUUCAACUGAAAGUGUCAUCAUUUUUCCAUUUUCUGUAAAUUAGUUGAUUUUUUUUUUUUACAGCCAAAUAGAAACAAACUGUUGUUGAAAUUAACAAAGAACACAUUGCUGCUAUAACUGUGCCAAUAAAUUCUUCAAAA